GCAGACGGCGGGAGCAGCUCGGCCGAGCAGGAGCCAGGAGCACGGAUGGGAACCUGGAAGAUCUGGAUUCUGGUAGGCAGCCGAGCGAGUGGAGGGGGCAGGACAGGUCUGGCGCUCAACGUUCGACCGGCGUCAAGCAGAAGUGGGAAGAAUAUAGCGCUACCUCCCACCCUACCCCCACCCCGCAACCGGCUGCCUGGCAGGCUGGCAGAGCAGAGCUCGCAUCACUGAUGUAGGAGUUAGGAGUCCUUGCUACUUUUGUUAAGACCUGAUGCGUGUUUCUUGUUAAAUUUUCUAUCUUUUCGUCAAUUUUGCGUCAACAAGCGGCGAGUCAAUUGAUUCCUUUGCUUCUCAAUUAACCUCCGGUUACAUGAUGCGCGACGUCGAAUAAUCGCGAUUACUUAAUGUUUCAAAAAUGAAAUUCUGACGCCCGUGAUGCGAUAAUACGUUUUCAGUUGACUGACAAGCUGAUGUGAGAACAAUUGUCUUCGGAAGUCGAUGUAUUAAAUCGUAUCGUUACUCGCCUCUCCCCUUCCCUCUGGAUAUCUCCUGGGUUCCUCGUGCCGCGGAAUGCCGAAAACGGCGACUGCUCAGAACGUGCGGCCCAGUCGGCGCGACCUAACCUCAAGCUCGCUCGCUCCGCGGUGACGGGGACGUUCUCGCACUCUCGUUCGCGGCGUUAUCGGCGUGUUAGCAUGGCGGGCCCGCGAUAAUUAGCUCGCGCACGCCACGCGCGGAGAUCCUCUUCCUCCCCCCAGGUAGGGACGAUGGCCGACCUGGAGUACGCGCGGUUGUACCUCAGCCUGCAGCUGAACGAGGCGAUCUGCUGGUGGUGCUACUACAUCCGCGAGAUCUCGUGGCAGCUGCUGAUCGCCCUGCUGGCGUACCUCUGCGUCUGCGUCUUCCUCUACGCGGUCCUCAGGCGGGUGGGCCACGCCGCCUGGCAGCUGCCGGGCCCGCCCGGCAGGCUGCUCCUAGUCACCGCUCACCCGGACGACGAGGUCAUGUUCUUCGGCCCGCUGGUCUACUGGCUCGCCCGCUCCGAGGCCAGCGAGAUCUAUCUCCUGUGCUUGUCCAUGGGUGGGGACAGAAGGAGGAUAGACGAGCUCUGGGCGUGUACGAAGGUGCUGGGGAUCCCGGAGGCUAACGUGACGAUCGUCAUGAGUAGCGAGUUGCCGGACGACCAGGGCGUGCAGUGGCCGACAGACACAGUCGCGGAAAGCAUCUUGCAGUACGUAGAGAUGUACAAGAUCAAUGCCGUCGUGACGUUCGACAAGCACGGAGUGAGCCGACAUAAGAAUCACAUCUCCUUGUAUUUUGCGAUCGCCGCUUUGUGCAUAGAGAAGAAAGUACCUCCCUAUUGCAAGCUGUACGUGUUAGAGUCCGUUAAUAUAAUCAGGAAGUACAUUCAGCUCUUAGAUCUGCCCGUCAGCCUACUCUCAGCCCCGUACUGGUAUCUGGUGACGUACGAGCAAAAGCGAACGAUCAAAAGCGCCAUGGCCGCACACAAGUCCCAGUACGUCUGGUUCCGAAGGUUGUACAUGAUCUUUUCGCGAUACACGUUCAUCAACACCCUCCAAGAGGUCAGUGCCCUCGACCUGGAGCUGGACCUCCAGUUCGACGAGGACUAAAUGUGGACGCAAACAGCUGUAUAGAGUAAAUGUAAUUAACGUUCACGUGUACAUACUUUGUCUACCAUUGCAAUGUAAAUUACGUCAAACGAAAACUACGUACCAAAGCCAUGAAACCUAGCUGAUUAAUACGAGAACUUGGAAAUAUAUAUGCAGAGACGAUUUUAAGAGGGAAAUAUUUUUUUAUUCAUUAAUAUAAUGGAAUAUACAUUGUAAUAAUACUUUCGAACGAGAAUGCGGGGCACGUAGUUUUUACGGCGCAACACAAAUCAAAUUUUCUUCCUUAAAAAAAA